CCCUGCUCCAACGGCUGCGGGCCCGGCGCGCCCUCGGACGCCGAGGUGCUGAACCUCUGCCGCAACCUGGAAGUGGGCACCGUCAUGACUUUGUUCUACUCCAAGAAGUCGCAGCGGCCCGAGCGGAAGACUUUCCAGGUUAAGCUGGAGACGCGGCAGAUCACGUGGAGCCGCGGCGCGGACAAAAUCGAGGGGGCCAUUGACAUACGUGAAAUCAAGGAGAUCCGCCCAGGAAAGACCUCAAGGGACUUCGAUCGCUACCAAGAGGACCCUGCUUUCCGACCAGACCAGUCACACUGUUUUGUCAUCUUGUAUGGAAUGGAAUUCCGCCUGAAGACCCUGAGUCUACAAGCUACAUCUGAGGAGGAAGUGAACAUGUGGAUCAAGGGCUUAACCUGGCUGAUGGAGGACACGUUGCAGGCGGCCACACCCCUGCAGAUUGAGCGGUGGCUGCGGAAGCAGUUCUACUCGGUGGACCGGAAUCGUGAGGACCGAAUCUCAGCGAAGGACCUGAAGAACAUGCUGUCCCAGGUCAACUACCGGGUCCCCAACAUGCGCUUCCUCCGAGAGCGGCUGACGGACCUGGAGCAGCGUAGCAGUGACAUCACCUACGGGCAGUUUGCCCAGCUGUACCGAACCCUCAUGUACAGCGCCCAGAAGACGAUGGACCUCCCCUUCUUGGAAGCCAGUAUCCUGAGGUUUGGUUUGAAGUGGGAGGUGGGGUUUUCCUUGAGGGGCUCCCGUUGUCUCUUCCCCUGGGUGAUUCCCAGUGCAGCUGGACCGUUCUGGGCCGGUGUGCUAGUGGGGACCCGGGCUGUGCCUUCCGAGCCCCCAUGUUGUCCGCAGACCACACCGGGUGUUUCCCUUCUCUCCUGCAGGGCAGGGGAGCGACCUGAGCUUUGUCGAGUGUCCCUUCCUGAGUUCCAGCAGUUUCUCCUCGAGUACCAGGGGGAGCUGUGGGCUGUUGACCAACUCCAGGUACAGGAGUUCAUGCUCAGCUUCUUGCGAGACCCCUUGCGAGAGAUCGAAGAACCCUACUUCUCCCUGGAUGAGUUUGUCACCUUCCUGUUCUCUAAAGAGAACAGCGUGUGGAAUUCGCAGUUGGAUGCAGUGUGCCCCGGGACCAUGGACAACCCCCUGUCCCACUACUGGAUCUCCUCCUCCCACAACACGUACCUGACCGGGGACCAGUUCUCCAGCGAGUCUUCCCUGGAGGCUUAUGCUCGCUGCCUGCGCAUGGGCUGUCGCUGCAUUGAGUUGGACUGCUGGGAUGGCCCCGAUGGGAUGCCAGUCAUUUACCAUGGCCACACCCUCACCACCAAGAUCAAAUUCUCAGACGUGCUGCACACCAUCAAGGAGCAUGCCUUCGUGGCUUCAGAGUACCCAGUCAUCCUGUCCAUCGAGGACCACUGCAGCAUUGCCCAGCAGAGGAACAUGGCCCAGUACUUCAAGAAGGUGCUCGGGGACACGCUCCUCACCAAGCCUGUGGACAUCGCGGCUGACGGGCUUCCCUCACCUAACCAGCUCAAGAGGAAGAUCCUGAUCAAGCACAAGAAGCUGGCAGAGGGCAGUGCCUACGAGGAGGUGCCUACGUCCGUGAUGUACUCUGAGAAUGACAUCAGCAACUCCAUCAAGAACGGCAUCCUUUACCUAGAGGACCCCGUCAACCACGAGUGGUAUCCCCACUACUUCGUUCUGACCAGCAGCAAAAUCUACUACUCUGAGGAGACCAGCAGUGACCAGGGCAAUGAGGACGAGGAGGAACCCAAAGAGGCCAGUGGCAGCACAGAGCUGCACUCCAACGAGAAGUGGUUCCAUGGGAAGCUGGGGGCCGGGCGGGACGGGCGGCACAUCGCCGAGCGCCUGCUCACCGAGUACUGCAUCGAGACGGGGGCCCCCGACGGCUCCUUCCUCGUGCGCGAGAGCGAGACCUUCGUGGGCGACUACACCCUCUCCUUCUGGAGGAACGGAAAAGUCCAGCACUGCCGGAUCCACUCCCGACAGGAUGCAGGAACCCCCAAGUUCUUCUUGACAGACAACCUUGUCUUUGACUCGCUCUAUGACCUCAUCACGCACUACCAGCAGGUGCCCCUGCGCUGCAACGAGUUUGAGAUGCGCCUCUCAGAGCCCGUGCCACAGACCAAUGCCCACGAGAGCAAAGAGUGGUACCAUGCGAGCCUGACCCGAACGCAGGCUGAGCACAUGCUGAUGCGCGUCCCUCGCGAUGGGGCCUUCCUGGUGCGCAAGCGGAGUGACCCCAACUCGUAUGCCAUCUCCUUCCGGGCUGAGGGCAAGAUCAAGCAUUGCCGUGUCCAGCAGGAAGGCCAGACAGUGAUGCUGGGCAACUCGGAAUUUGAUAGCCUGGUCGACCUCAUCAGCUACUACGAGAAGCACCCCCUGUACCGCAAGAUGAAGCUGCGCUACCCCAUCAAUGAGGAGGCGCUGGAGAAGAUUGGCACCGCUGAGCCAGACUACGGGGCCCUGUACGAGGGACGCAAUCCUGGUUUCUAUGUGGAGGCAAACCCCAUGCCAACUUUCAAGUGUGCGGUCAAAGCCCUCUUCGACUACAAGGCCCAGAGAGAGGACGAGCUGACCUUCACCAAGAGCGCCAUCAUCCAGAACGUGGAGAAGCAAGAGGGAGGCUGGUGGCGGGGGGACUAUGGUGGGAAGAAGCAGCUGUGGUUCCCGUCCAACUAUGUGGAAGAGAUGGUCAGCCCGGCAGCCCUGGAGCCCGAGAGGGAGCACUUGGAUGAGAACAGCCCCCUGGGGGACUUGCUGCGGGGAGUCCUGGACGUUCCGGCUUGCCAGAUUGCCAUCCGUCCCGAGGGCAAGAACAGCCGGCUCUUCGUCUUCUCCAUCAGCAUGGCGUCGGUGGCACGCUGGUCCCUGGAUGUCGCUGCCGACUCACAGGAGGAGCUGCAGGACUGGGUGAAAAAGAUCCGAGAAGUGGCCCAGACUGCGGAUGCCAGGCUCACGGAGGGGAAGAUGAUGGAGCGCAGGAAGAAGAUCGCGCUGGAGCUGUCCGAGCUUGUCGUCUACUGCCGGCCUGUGCCCUUCGACGAAGAGAAGAUUGGCACGGAACGAGCCUGCUACCGGGACAUGUCGUCCUUCCCGGAAACCAAGGCCGAGAAGUAUGUGAACAAGGCCAAAGGCAAGAAGUUCCUGCAGUACAACCGACUGCAGCUCUCCCGCAUCUACCCCAAGGGCCAGCGGCUGGACUCCUCCAAUUAUGACCCCCUGCCCAUGUGGAUCUGUGGCAGUCAGCUCGUGGCACUCAACUUCCAGACCCCAGACAAGCCUAUGCAGAUGAACCAGGCCCUCUUCAUGGCCGGCGGCCACUGUGGCUAUGUGCUGCAGCCCAGCACCAUGCGUGAGGAGGCCUUCGACCCCUUCGACAAGAGCAGCCUCCGUGGGCUGGAGCCCAGUGCCAUCUGCAUCGAGGUGCUGGGAGCGCGGCAUCUGCCCAAGAAUGGCCGAGGAAUCGUGUGUCCUUUUGUGGAGAUUGAGGUGGCUGGAGCUGAGUAUGACAGCACGAAGCAGAAGACAGAGACUGUGGUGGACAACGGACUGAAUCCUCUGUGGCAGGCCAAGGCCUUCCACUUCCAGAUCAGUAACCCUGAGUUCGCCUUCCUGCGCUUUGUGGUGUAUGAGGAAGACAUGUUCAGUGACCAGAACUUCCUGGCACAGGCUACCUUCCCACUGAAAGGCCUGAAGACAGGAUACAGAGCGGUGCCUCUGAAGAACAACUACAGCGAGGACCUGGAGUUGGCCUCCCUGCUGGUCAAGAUCGAGAUCUUCCCUGCCAAGGAGAACAGCGACCUCAGCCCCUUUGGCGCGUCCCUGUCCCUGCGGGAGCGGGGCGCCGAGGCCUCGGCUCAGCUGUUCCAUGGCCGGGCCCGGGAAGGCUCCUUUGAAGCCCGCUACCAGCAGCCUUUCGAGGACUUUCACAUCUCGCAGGAGCAUCUCACAGACCAUUUUGACGGUCGGGAACGAAGGGCCCCACGACGGACUCGGGUCAGUGGAGACAGCCGCCUCUAGUGGCGCCGGCCUGCCGAGAGCAGCGGUGCUGCGCGCCUCCCGGAACGCCGCGGCCGGGCUCCCGCGCCGGCGGCCUGCCCGCGGCCUCCUGUCUCGCCGCCAGGAGCCUGACUCCAGCAGCGAACGCUAGAUGAGAACCAAGCCAUGAACGAGAUGUAUUACUGUUUUGGGCCUCCACGCCCAACUCUGGGUGAAGGCAAAAACCGUACCGUGUCUCGCACUAAGCACACACAUCUGGCCUGACUGCUGGAGCUGGACCUUCCGUCCCGGGGGGCCGGGACCAUGGCCAAAACCCCUUGGAGCGAGGCUGCCUCUGCUGGAGGUGCAAGAAGCCCUGAGGAGCCACUGGUGUUCCUGAGUGGAGGGAGCAGCGGCAGCCUCUCGGGGCCGGGGAAACAAAGUUUACAUUGUCCUGUAGCUUUAAAACCACAGCCAGGCACAGCGGGGAGUGUAGAAGCCCCCAGGUCUGGCCCUGGGGCCAGGCCAGAGGAGCUUAAGGCCUCUACCUGCCCCGGGAGGAGGACACAGCACAAGGGCAUGUUGCCCACGGCUGGGGGCGGGGCGUGCCCCCCACCCCGAGCGAUCACGGGAUCAUGGCAAAACAGCAGUGUUACUUUUCUUCUCAAUGGUAUUGUAACUUAAGUUAUUCACUCCCGCUCCUUACUUACCCUCGAAGGGGACCUGGAGCAGAGCCUUGAGACGAGAGCAGCAGACAGGCUGCCUGCCGUGUUGGGACAGGUUCAGUUUGGGAUGUCACGGCGCUGUCAGGAGUGGGGUAGGGGUGGGGAGACGGGAAACAGCGAAGCCUAUUCUGGACAGUUCUUCUAAGGCAGCUCAACAUGCUUUCCCUGAGGAUAAAGGGGCCGAGGAGCUGCCUGCCCGGGGGGAGGGGCGGAGCAGGCAGGUGCUGGAUGAAGCCGCCACACUCUGCCUCGCUCCCGGGAAGGCCACAGUGGGGGUUUGGGGGCAACCCCCACCGCUGAGGGCAGAGGCCUCCACAGCGUAGCCUGCCCACGUUCAGCACACGUGAACUCCCGCCCGGGUUUGGGCUCAGGGUUGGCCAUUUGCUAGUUCUGCUGCCCUCUGAAGAUCUGACUGCCAAAUAAAUCAUCCUCAUGUCCUUUU